UCAUUCGCGAAGUCGUGUUCCUACUCAACGGGUCGAGACGGGAAAAUAUUGGGAUAUAUUCCAGCUUAAAAUGUGCAAAACAGUGAAUCGUAAUGACAUCAUAGUACGCGAGUAUUUAGUGUCAAUUUGAAAAUAGUUUCGAAAAUACGCGAGAAACGAGAGAAAACUGUAGGAGGUGAACCGUAAGCUUGGUCAUUCCUUUUGAACGAAAGCUAAACGCUGAAAGAAUUAUAAAAACUCACCCCAGGCGGAUUAGUCCUAUUAAAGAAAAGCGUUGGUGGCAGUAACACAGCGAGAGGGGAAAAGCCUGAAAUUAUUCCGCAGUGACCAGGUGAGCCUUUCGGGUCGCUUUCCAGUCGCGCGUUUCACGUUGCGUUGGAAACGUCAUUAAACAGCACCGUGUGCCAUACGUUUCGCGAGGAGUAGCUGCGGGACUGUUGCCUCCACCGAUUCUUGCUAUCGCUCUAACGCAUACGCAUACUUCCAGCAGCAUUAGAGCGAAUUAAAAAACCAAACAGUGUUAUCAAGUGUGAUCGGGUGUUUUGUGUGCGGGUGGUGCAUGUAAACAGGCGAUAAACUGGAUGACAAUGAACCAAGUGCAUGGAAGAUGAUAAUUAGUAAUUACGAAACUCCACACGCUUGUGCUGCUCAGACUUUGAUUGAAACAGUGCAUGUAAAAAAAAGAAAUUGUGUUUUCGAGAAGUAUACUCCUAAAACUAAUCAAUUUAGUCUGUGAAUUCAAUCAGUCGAAAUCGGAUCGUUUAGUUGUGUUGAAGGAUUCUGUACAAUAGGGGUUCUCAGAUUUCAUACAAGCAGCGGGGCGUAUUGGAUCGAUUUGUGCCUACCUGUUUUCCGUUUGUGCCACUAUGGAAUAUGGCAGCCAGCGACGACGACGAUGAUUGAGGACUUGUAGCGUUGUUGCCUGAUGACGCUCGUUGUCAUCAUCGACCGUCGGAGGUGCGGAGGAUUGAUUGAAGCUGCUCCUGCGAGGUCGCCAGUUCCUCGCAUACACCCAUCAAGCGCUCACUGUGAGAGAGAUUAACUGCAAACGACCAGUUUCAGUGGGGUCUAGAAGCUGUUAGUUUGCCUUUUUUUUCGCGGUGUUCGUACGUGAUAAGCGCUAGUUCUCCGGUCCCGGAUAACGGGAUGAAAUUGAGCGAGUGUUGGCUGAUCCCAAAUGAUAAAAGUUAUUCCGGAGAGUGCCUCUAGAAUCUGUGUGAUAAAAUUAUAUUGUGUCAUUUGUUGAAUGAAGAAAAUCUUCCAGUGCAUGUGAUCAAGUGUUUUUGGUUCAUAUUUUGAUAAGAUGUAGGUGUAGAUGUAAUUUUACGCCUUGCUUACUCAAAAGGAAUGUUACAUGUGAUUCGAAUUUGCACGACCCGAAGUGUGUUUAAUCCGAUUAAUUAAAUGUGCAUCUAAACGAGAAGAGUGCAUUGAAUUGAAAAAUAAGCAAUCGCUAGUCAGAGUGCUACUAAUAGUCUCCAAAUAUGGAACAUAUUCAGAUGGAAACAAUGGAUAACGACGAAUACGAUAUGGAUAUGGGCAUGGCCCAAAACGAUGAAAACGAUCUGCCGCAAUCAGCCGUACAUUUUGCGGAAAUUUGCGACGAUGGCCCGGACGGAGACUUCAAAGAACACUACGAAUAUCGUUUCGAUGGUAGCUGGUCUGAUAAUAACCUAAACGAAAAGCAAAACUACGCCGACCAAGAGAAGGAGAACGAUCCGGAGUACAACGAGGAGUACAGACCGGUGGUCGAUCCAUUCCUGGAAAUACCUGAUCCUCCCGAAAAUCUCGAACUGCAGCGAUGUCCGAUUUGUGCACGCAACUUUGUGCCAACCUCGCUAGUCAAACACAUCGGCAUCUGUGAGAAGAUGCAAACCAAAAAGCGCAAACCGUUCGAUUCGUCCCGUCAACGCCGCGAAGGAACCGAACUGGCGUCGUACCUGCCGAAGAAUUUUGGACUGCCUCAAAACCAUCCGCAGACUAGAACUUCGCCGCCCAAAACGAUUCCCACACAAAAGCACAACAUCAAUAAAACACCCAAUCCGGAGCGCAAGGAUUACGGAAGUGCAAUGUCCUGCUCCCAAACCCUUUCCAGUACGACUGCAGCCAGUACCAACAAUGUUGCCGUAGGUGCAACUUCAACACCACGGCCCGCCUUGAAACGCAACCUAUCGCAGCAAAACGAACCAUGUCCCUACUGUGAGCGAUGCUUCGGGUUCAAGGCGUACGAUCGACACGUUGAGUGGUGCCGUGAGAAGGCACUGCUCAGCAAAAACGUCCAGAACAGCCAGAUGAUUUCAGCUGCCAAAGAGAGACUCCAAGCUCGAAUUCAAUACAAAGCGCCUCAAAUCAGAUCUAAACGUGCCUUGAACCGUGAGAAAUACUCUGGUAGUCUCAGCUGUGGUGGUUCCACCAACAGUCUAGCAGAUUUGGAUCUUCCGCUGCCGAGACAUCGCAGCCAUCUUAACUCUAUGAGUUCGUCCAUUUCCAGUGAUAACAAAUCCGAUCACUCGGCAUCGUCCAAGAAAUUGUCCUUGAAUGGUAGCAAUAGCCAGUUCCAGCCAUCCAUGGUGAAAUCUAUGGGCGCCGCUGAAAAGCGCGAGCAGAGGACAAAUCCCCUAACUGUCGGUAGCAACAAUAACUCCAAUCCCCCCAACGAUAAGACCCGGACCGGUAAAAUAUUCAGCAAUAACCUACUAAUCAGACCAACUCAGGAGGUUAGGAAAGAGAAGGAACAAGCGGUUGCCGUCGAACGUAUCGAAAAGAUGGAAUUAAUUGGCCGCGGAGAUCAGCGAGUACCGCUGAAACGAGGUGCUACCAAGAUCGUUAAGUGCAAUAAGAGUGGAUUCACUCCGGACAAAUACGACCCAUUCCUGUCUGCCAAACGGCAGCUGGAGGAACUAUUUUCACCAUCUUCCAGCUUUAAUACCUCCACACCUCGACAACAGAUAUCGAACAGCCGUGCGACAACUCCACUAACACCAACCGCCGCGAUGAGUAAAUCUGUGGCUGUGCCUGCGAACAAAACUUCCCCCAUUAUAAAUUCCAAUUUCCGGCGAGCGUCUUCGCUGCGAAUGCCUCGAAAGGUAUCACGUCCGAUGUACAUCGAAAAGGCCAAGUCGAACAUCCAGAAGGGCAUCACAGACGAUGGUCCAGUGUCUCCCAAUUUCCUCAAGUCCUCCGAGUACGAUGAAAUCCCGAUCAAAUCGGCCUUCAACGCACUGCAAAUGGCAGAAAAGCCAAAAAUGAGGGAUUCUAGUGCCACGAGAAGAAAUCUAAAGCUAGAUAUCAAAGAUCCGAACAUGCCAACAACGGAUGUUCCGCUGUCCAAAACAGAUUCAUUGGCCGCAUUCCUGAAGUACGAGCAUGAACUAACUUUGGCGGCAAUGAGCGAGAAAGAUAUGAAGGACAAGAGCAACAGUCUAAGCAAACGAUCUUACUCACUUGGAGGAUCAGAUCGAAAGGACUCGAUGCUGUAUGGUGGUAUCACUGGUAAUGCUCUGAAGUUAGAACGGUCGCUACAAGACGAAAAAGGAAAAUCCGAAAAAGUUCUGCAGGAUAUUCAAGCGUUCAAGAAAAUUCCCCAGAAGCUGGUACCCAUCAAACUAGAACCCAUUAACAUAACAUACAAUAAUAGUAUCAGUCAUCGAAACCUAAACGAUAGUGGUAGCAAGAACAGUGACAGCCAACCAUCUAACACACCCACAGUUAUCUCAUUAGAUGCCAUUCUAGGUAAAAAUAGCAAACCUAGUAUACCACCUACAGAAGAAAAAGACAACCGCACAGGACCAAACUAUAUCGAUCCUAAAUUGAUCAAUCGAUGUGACAAUCUUCCAAUAACGGAUAGCAAACUAUCUUCGUCCGACUCGGAUUGUAGCGGCCAGACGAUAGAGGUGCAGAAACGAUCACCCGGUCCGAAUCGAUUAAGCGAUUCAUUGAAUAUUUCACCGGAGACAACGACAGGUGGCGGUGGAAUUCAGACGAAACCGAUGACAGACAACAGACUAAGCGAUAUUAGUACGAUAAGCGACACUAGCGAUAAAAGACCAACCCUUUCCAAACAGAAUUGUACCACUAGCAGUAGCACCAGCAGGGAAAGCAGUCGAGAGGAGAGCCCGGUGGAGCAGACUCCUCGUAUUCCAUUAACACAAAGCCAAAGCCACGAUGAAAAUGCCAAAUGCAAAACACAGGAAGCAACUAAAGACCGUGCAGUUCCAAAAUCAUCUACACCAAUACAGAUGCAGAAGAAACCCGAACGACCUCCACUUCCAUCGUUCGACGAUUUUGACUUUGACGAAUUUAUAACUUCAUUCGAAGACGACCGGAAAUCCUUCCAAAAAACCUUCUAUCCUCAUAAUCCCAACUCCACCAGUAACAACAGUAGCGGUAGUAUUUCAAACACGCGUACGAACAGUCUUAACAAUGAUAGUCGUAAUGAUAACAGUGUGAAGAGUGUUGCUAGUUUCAACGGUAGUAAUAGUAGUACCAAUAGUCCUAGCCAUGUUGUUGUUUCCCCUAACAAUCACCCUUAUUACAAAAGUCUUAAUAACAAUACCAGAUCUGAAGAAGCGGACACCAAACACCCAGUUCCCCAACAACCACCGAACCGAACGAGGGAAUCACCACAAGUGCCAAGACGAGGUCGAGCUGUUGGAGAUCUGGUGGAGCCUCUGGCGACCACCACAAUCCGAAACCUUCCAAGUUUACCGACCAGCAGUGCAACAUCACAGCCCAUGGAAAAAUCGCCGUCUUCACAAUCAAUGAAAUCAAAUAUCACCGUUCCCAUCGGUGCCUACAAGCCAGCAAACGAUACCAAUAACAAUAGUUCACACAUUCGAAACGGUCCAACUGCAACGCGUCUUGGAAAUGGUAACAACAGUUUUAACAGUCCACUCCCAACAACUGUGCGCCAUCAACAACAACAAAAACAGCAACAAAACCAGCUACAGUCAUCAGCAAUGAACAAUAACACGAUAUCAACUCACUCUCUACCACAGCCAUACACAACAACAGGUUCACCGUUGUUCGAUAAUCCAUCCCAUAAACACCAAUCAUCGCUGACCUCUAGUAAUGGUAUCGGACACAAUGGUGCAGGUGGGGGUGGUAUCAUGUUCGAUGAUCUCUCUCCAACAGAGCGAGACCUGAUGAAAAGCGUGCAGGAAUUGGACCGAAUGUGUGAAUCGUCAUCCUCGAUGUACCCGGCCGAUUCGGACGAAAUGUCCAGCGUGGAAGGAUACCCACUUUCGGCCUCUUCCAGAGGACACAACAGUGGACGUCCGUCAGCGGAGGGAUCCAAAUUCAGUGCUGAUUCAGCGUAUGGCAGCUUGUCACGCCACUCACCUUCGGACCAGCAGCAUACGAUCCGUCGAGCACACCACCAUCAUCACCUGCAUCGUGGCAACAAAUCCAAUCCUAGUCAGCAAGAUGCGUUCGAUAACUCGAGCGGCUCCGAAUCUUCAUUGCCACCAAUUUCGGCUACACUGAAGACACAAAAAGCGGAGCUACAUCCCCACAAGGAUCACAAAACGGUGGUAGAUAGUAUGGGAAAUUUAGCGGGACCAAUGUCGAAAUUUUGUCAUGAGUGCGGUUCGCGCUUUAUGAUCAACACGGCCAAGUUUUGUAUGGAAUGUGGCGUGCGAAGAAUUAUGUUGGAAUAACUUUAGGAGUUCGGAUAUCACCCACGCACACGCCCAAUGAAUGCUGAUUUGUGGAAAUGGCGAUAUAACUAUACAUAAUAAAUUUUUGUAUUUAGUUUUUCUUUUCUUCACUUAAACAUAUGCAUCUGAAUCAAUUUUGUUUUGCUAUAUGUGUUUCUAUGACUUUUAUUUUCGUUUUAAGUUACCAACAAUCUAUUUUAACAAAUCACUUGAAUAAAGACGGAUGAUUAUAUGAAAGAGGACAUACAUUAACAAAGACUGAGCAAUGAAAAAAUGGUAUGGAAUGAGUAGAGUACUAACACAAAAUAAAGCGCUGUAAUAGAUAGGUUUAUUUGCUGAAACGUUGAGAGCAACAUGAGAAUGUUCUAAGACUAGUGAUGAGAGAAAGAACAAUGUUUUCUGCUUUCGAAGCACAUUUCAUAAUUCUAAAAGCAGCAGUUGGAAUGUGCUUUUCAUUCAAGAUGUAACAAACGAUUAUGAACAAUAUUUUGAGAAUAAUUUAGUUAUUUAUUCACUACGUGCAGCAAAUUCUGAACGUUCAAGCUUUUCAGUGGCAACAAAACCUAAACCAGAUGAACUUGUUUAAUAAUAAGUUUAAGUCCCAUUUUAACAGUGCAUUUUAACAGUCAAAAUAAAAGGAUUUUUUCUUA